AUGCCCGAAGUGACUAGUGCAUUACCCACUGCAGCAUCGCCCUUCUUGUCUUCCGCCGCCCCUGGCCCGUCGCCGCCUCUUGUGGCUUCUGCGACGCUGAUGCUGCCCUUCACACCGUACCCUGUGCAGCAGGAGAUGAGCCGAAUGAUUGCCGACGUGCUCCACUCCGCCAGUCCACAUGUCGUGCCGGUGGCUGUCGCGGAGGUACCGACCGGGUGCGGCAAGACUAUGGCGCUGCUAUCUAGCGUUCUGCAGUACCAGCAGGAGCUGAAGCACAUGAGCCCCAAAGAGCUUGAUUUGUAUCUGCGUCCGCGCCGGCCGCCAUGGCAACAACAACGGCCACCAGGGAAGAAGCGAAAGGCAUCUCCGAAAGGACGUGGAGGCCAGCGAGGCCCACGGCAGCGCGUUGUUACACGCCCGGCGCCGGUUGCGGAAAGUAACCUCAAUGCUGACGAGGGGGACCACGACGACGAGUGCGCCGAUGACUGGUCGGUCCCGCCGUGGUUCUUCAAGCAUUUUCGGAACCACUCCGGGCGGAAGAUCCGCGCGGAGCUGGACGUGGCCGGCUCACAAGAGCUGCGCCGUCGCUUCCUGCCGCCACCCUGCACAGUUUUCUACGUCACGCGCACCCACGCGCAGCUGCGGCAGGCGGUGCGUGAGUUGCGCCGACUGCAUGGUGCGACAAGUGCUAUCCGCAUGAACAUCCUCGGCAGCCGGGAGCGCUACUGCAUCCACCCCAAGGUGAUGGAGGCCAAGGCGAAUUCCACGUUGCCUGUGGAAGGAAACAACCUGGGUGAGGUUUGCGACAAGCUCGUGUCGAUGGGGCUCUGCGAGAUGGUGGACAGAUACGACGAGCUCUCGUGUAGCGCCAUCGCGGGACCGGUCGGGCAUCAGCGUGGCCAGAUAUGGGACAUCGAGGAUCUCCUGCUGGAGGGGACCUCACGCCGCAUGUGCCCCUACUACGCCGCCCGCGACCUGGUCUUCUUCGCCGACGUGAACUUUUGCACCUAUCCGUACCUUCUUGACCCGCUCAUUCGCCACGAGACGAAAAUGGAGGCAGCCCUGAAAAACAACGCCAUUGUGGUGUUCGACGAGGCGCACAAUGUCGCGGCGGUGUGCCAGGACGCACUUUCACUGGAAUGUCCGCAAGGCGUGCUGGCUCUCAUCUUGUCAGAGCUCGAGCCUCUCGUGUCGAGCCAAGUGGCUCUGGCCGGCCAACCAGUGAGUACAGCCUCUUCUUCCACCGCGGUCGUGGCGCAAGAUGGCUUUGCCACCAUGCAGUAUUCACGAGAGCUGCACCUCGGCGCCUUCACCUUGGCUGAAAUCUUCUCCUUUCUGUACGGGCUUUUCCAGUCUCUUCGUAUCUUCUUCGAUGCCGCGAUGGGGGCGGCGGACAGUGGUGAAAGGCGAGGCGAAAAGCGCCGCCGUGGCGGCGGGAAAGGUGAGCACGACGAACACAACAGCGGAGACUACGGCGCCGUCUACAUGCAGGGCAGUGAACUCAAGGACCACCUGCAGCGCGAUAUGGAGGCCCACGUCGCGGCACAGCGGCGUUUCGCCGCGACGGCCCCAGCGCUCGCAUCGCGGGAACUAUUCCAGCGCGCCUACGGCGUUAUCAUGGCUCUCGGCGUCACCUUCAAUCCGUUUCUCUUCUCUGUUUUCGGUCUCUCGCUGCUGAAGCGGUGGCUCCUGCUGCUCCGCUUUCUGCUUCAGAAGCCGCAGUCCUUCGCUGUUGCGCUGCGGUUGGCGCCUCCCUGGGUCGCACCCGCCGCGGGCGCCAGCGACGCAGAGCGGUCGCUCUUCGGCGAGUUCUCUGCCGCCGCGGCCGCUGCUGAAGCGCGACCCACUGCGGGUGGUGUCAGUGGCUCUGGCCGUACCAAUGCGGCCGUCACGCAAGGGACAAUUGACCUACGAUGCCUCGACGGCAGCCUCGCUUUCUCGCACCUCCUGCAGACGGUGCACCGUGUCGUGCUGGCCUCUGGCACUCUCUCCCCCUUCACCCAGCUGGCUCGUGACUUGGGCGUGGAGGCUUCUCUGUGGCGCGUGGUGGAAGGCCUGCACGUGGUGCCUUCAACUCAAUACAGUCUGACAGCACUGACCGCUUUGCCUGUGUUGCCAUCAUCGACCCAUAAUGAGGCGACGACGCAGUCGCCGCUUCUGCCACUGCGUUGCACGUACGCCUCUCUCUCGAAUCCAGCCUUCCUCAAGGCGGUGGCGCACGCCGUGGUUCAGUUAGUGCAGACACUGCGUGAGAGCAGCGGCGGCGGCGUGUUAUUCUUUGUGCCUAACUACGGUGUUCUAACAGCCUUGGCGAAGCUGACGCGCGAGGUACUGCUCGUGGCUCAACGGGAGGAGCAGCAUCAGUCGUCGUGCGUAGCCGCGCCGGUUCAACUGUUCCUGGAGCCACGCAAAGCGGAGGCACUGACGGAGGUUCUCUGUCAGUUCCAGCGGUGCACGCAGGCGCCUCGCUGCGGCACUGGGCUCUUUUUCUCCGUGUACCGCGGCAAGGUGAGCGAAGGGCUCGACUUCACAGACAACAUGGCACGCCUGGUGCUCUGUCUCGGGGUGCCGCUGCUGCCGUUGAACUCGUGGAGGGUCAUCGCGCAGCGCGCCUACAGUGGCCUGGAGUGGUAUACAACGGAUGCGGUGCGCGCCGUGAACCAAGCGCUAGGUCGCUGCCUGCGCCACGUGAAGGACCACGGCGCGGUGGUGCUGCUGGACGAGCGCUACGCGCAGCCGGAGUACCAGCAGCGACUGUCGAAGUGGUGCCGCGCAGCAUUGCAGACCGAGUCGUCGCUCCCGCAGCUCUGCGCGGAGCUGCGGAAGUCAUUCACGGUAUGGCGUCAGGUGUUCGGUGCACUUGCUGUGAGUUCCGCCCCCUUGCCGCACCCCUCAACGGAAGCGAGUCGUGCAAUGCUCCAGGACGAGGUUGAGGGGGUUGCCCAAGAGGAUGCGGUGAGUUUAGCACGAACCCGACUUGGCACAGAUCAGCUUCCUUUUACGCGGGUGCUGCGUGCGUCACCAGCGGCAUCGCGCCCUCAUCACAGUGUUGGCGCAGUACCCCUUGCAACAACGACCAACUCGUCAUCUCACACAAACGGCACGGCACGGCUCGUUCGCACGGCUCCCGAUGCUGACGCCGAUGCUCGACAAACGGCCACAGUCAGCGCUAGCCUGCUUCACUCGCCUCUCGCCUGCACGGCUGUGAAGCUGCUGUACGAAACCGCCACCGCGACUGGCGACGUCUCGCGGCAGGCAUUGCAGGAUGUAAUUCAGUCUCUGACGCAGAACUUCUUCGACAGCAGCGGCAGUGAGGCAGGGGAAGCUGAUUUUGAAUGA